CGCCCUUAAUGCAUGUGCACAAAGAUCAGUGGGCGUGUGAUCCCGAGCGUGGUGGCGGUCACAUGAUCUCGACAGAUGACUUGGAGUAUCCACGGGAGUACCGGACGCUGGGGAACAGCGCUCGGCGCUUCUCCAACGUGGGCCUGGUGCACACGUCGGAGCACCGCCACACCGUCAGCGCUGCCCAGAGCCUGGAGGCCCUCACCAACUUGCACAAGGCUGACAUGGAACGCAAGCGGGACGCCUUCAUGGAUCACCUGAAGAGCAAGUACCAGCAGCAGCAGCAGCUGCAGCACCCGCACCACAGCCCACACCAUAACCCGCCGUCGCCCUCACCCUCACAUGCCAGCAUGAGAGGCACGUCAGAGCGGUCUGCACGUGAGCAGCAACAACCCAACUACUGGAGCUUUAAGAGCCGCAGUCCACGGCAUUCCCAGUCUACCCAGUCUGGGCUUGCCGACCAGGCCGCCAAGCUCUCCUUUGCCUCCGCUGAAUCCUUGGAGACCAUGUCAGAAGCUGACAUCCCCCUCGGGUUCAACCGGAUGAAUCGUUUUCGCCAGAGCCUGCCGCUGUCCCGCUCUGCCAGCCAGAAUAAGCUACGAUCUCCAGGCGUGCUGUUCCUGCAGUACGGGGAUGAGACACGCCGGGUGCACAUUACCCAUGAGCUGAGCAGCCUGGACACGCUGCAUGCUCUCAUCGUCCACAUGUUCCCUCAGAAGUUGACGGCGGGUAUGCUGAAGUCACCCAACACGGCCAUCUUGAUCAAGGAUGAGGCACGUAACGUCUUCUACGAGCUCGAGGACGUCCGGGACAUCCAGGAUCGCAGCAUCAUCAAGAUUUUCCGCAAAGAGCCCAUCUACGCUUCCUACCCUGCGGCUGCACACCUGGCUAACGGGGACCUGAGGAGGGAGAUGGUGUACUCCUCUCGCGAGUCCUCCCCAACUCGGCGCCUCAACACCCUCCCCUCCUCUACGGCCUCACCACCUUCUGGCUCUCCAUCCCGCUCACGCCUCUCCUACAGCGGGGGCCGCCCUCCCUCCUUCGCCGGGUCCCAUCCCCAGCAUGAACAGCCCCGACACCCCCACCAUCCAUCAGCCAGUCACGGUGCCAAUGCAGGCUUGUCUCCUUCACCCAGCGCCAUCCUGGAACGCCGUGACGUCAAGCCCGAUGAAGAAGUUUCUGCGAAGAACAUGGCACUAAUGAAGAAUGAGGGGCUGUAUGCGGAUCCCUACAGCUUGAUGCAUGAGGGCCGCCUCAGCAUUGCUUCAACCCAGUCUUUAGCUACCAUCGGAGACCCCUUUAGCUUCCCUGUUUCCAGUGGCCUGUACCGCCGUGGCUCUGUGCGAUCCCUCAGCACCUACUCAGCCGCCGCUCUUCAGGGGGACCUGGAGGACUCCCUCUACAAGCCUGGAGGUUCGCUCUACUCCGACACAUACUCCUCAGCCACUCUGGGCAUGGGUUUUCGCAUGCCGCCCUCAUCCCCACAGAAAAUCCCCGACAUGCAGCUGAGGGACAGGGACUCGUAUUCCGGCUCACCUAGCAGAGCCUCACCUGUCAGGCAGACCUUUCGCAAGGACUCAGCCUCCUCCUCUGUGUUUGUGGAGAGCCCAAAGUCUAGACCCAGCUCCAGUUCAGAGCCUCUGUGUCUGACAGCUGGGCCUGGGGAGGGUGGCAGGGCCACACCUGGUUUUGGAUCUUCGUUGUCUGGACAAGACUCUGACAGUAGCAGGGAUCAUCGCCUGGAGCGUAUGGAGGCCAUGGAGAAGCAGAUAGCCAGCCUGACUGGCCUGGUCCAGAGUGUGCUGACCAGAGCACCAGACAGUGACAGCACAUGCGGCCUGCUGCGUCUCUGCAUGAUGGCGGGCUGCCCUCCGGACCAAGGGACGGAGUUCUCACGGCCAUUACCUUUCUCUUCCAGCGAGAAGACUGAAACCAACAGCGAUGGCUCCGCGACUGGAACUGGACGGCUAAAGCAGAAAGCUCAUACACCAUCGGCACCUCUAGCUCUGAUGCCGCCACCACCUUCUAACACGACCCAGGUGAACAGCGUCGGCCGCUUGCAGAUGCAGCUCCACCUGCACGGCCUGCAGCAAAAUGCCACCGACCUGCGCAAACAGCUCACCCAGCUGCGCAAGAUACAGCUGGAGAACCAGGACUCGGUGAAAACUCUGCUGAAGCGGACAGAAGCGGAGCUGAAUGUGCGUGUUGCCGACGCCCUGAGGAAGCAGGAGGAUCCUCUGCAGAGACAGCGCCUCCUGGUGGAAGAGGAGAGACUCAAGUACCUCAACGAGGAGGAGCUCAUCAUCCAGCAGCUCCACGACCUGGAGAAGUCGGUGGAGGAGAUCCAGAAGGAGUCAUCUGUCAACCACAAGCUCGUGACAGUGCAGGAGCUGGAGGAGAAGGCCACUGUUCUGAGAAAGCUGGGAGAAACUCUCACAGAACUGAAAAAUCAGUUCCCAGGCCUGCAGAGUAAGAUGCGGGUGGUGCUCAGGGUAGAAGUGGAGGCCGUCAAAUUCCUGAAGGAAGAGCCGCACAGACUCGAUGCCCUGUUAAAGCGCUGCAAGACUAUAACUGACACCCUCGCCACCAUGCGCAAACAAGCGAAUGGGGGGUUGUGGAAGAAGCAGGAGGACUUUUCUAGUCCUUCAUCGAAGCACAACGAUGACUUGCGGAAGUUUUCAGACUUUGACAUUCCCACCAGCCCACCACUCACCAUCAAUGACCUUGGGGGAGGCAACAGCUUGUCCAACUGGAGCCCCCACUCCAGCCUCAGCCGAGGACACGGGAACCCAUCCGGCCCUCACAAGGACAAUUAUCCUCCUGUUCCCCACAAGGGGAAAGCCUUGGAGGAGCUGGAGCGACGUGCUGCUGCGGACAAAGCCUUGUCCGUGGAGGUCCGACUGGCAGCAGAGCGGGACUGGGAGGAGAAGCGUGCCAGCCUGACCCAGUACAGUGCUCAGGACAUCAACCGGCUGCUGGAGGAGACCCAGGCUGAGUUAAUGAAGGCUAUUCCAGACCUGGACUUUGCUGCCAAGCAGAUCAAGCCCUCCUCCAACACAACUUCCUCCCAUACCCCUCAGAGUGGGGCAGGAACCCCAGAGCACCGGGCCAACAAGCCCCAGCACAAGCUUUCUGGGAAAGAGGGAGGAUCCAGGCGUGGCUCUGAUGAGCUGACGGUGCCUCGAUACCGCACGGAGAAACCCUCCAAGUCUCCUCCUCCACCACCACCUAGACGUAGCUUCCCGUCGUCUCCAGGCCUGACCGCCCGCAGUGGAGAGCCCCUCAUUCCUGGAAAAAGUAUAAAGAAAUCUGAAUCAGAAGAGGCUGAAGGCCAGAAGCCUCACGUAAAACUGAGGAGGGCCGUGUCUGAAAACCCUCGUCCUGCAUCUACACCCCCAACUCUGGCCUCUGGGGACAAGGAGGAAGGGGAGGAGGAGAAAAUUGCUGCCGAAUUGGAGGGAAGUCGCUUGUCUCCCGUCCCCCACAUCGUGUUGACAGAGUGUUUGCCAGCAUCGCCCGCUGCCUCAGAGGAUCCCAUCAGAGAUUUAGGAAAUGACCCUGUGGAGGAGAGUCCAUCAAGAGGUUGGACGGGUCAUCACAUGGUCUAUGAGACUCAAAUUGCAAAUGAAAGGGAUUCAUUUGGAGGCUAUUCUCAGCAAGAGCAGCAUUGUUUUACACAGGAUAUGGAAUUAAAACAGGGGCUGCUGUUGACAGAGAUGGAGGUGAGGGUGGUGUCUUCUCUUGAGGCCCAGGAUCUCAGCAAGACUACGGGAAAGGUUUUACAGACUCUCACCAUCUUUCCACAGACAAAAGUGAUCUCUGAGGAUCGGCUGGGUGACCGACCACUCCUAGUGCUUUUCAGGGAGGAAAAAACAGUCAGGGAGGCCUAUAGGCUGCUGCAUUCCCUCCUGGAGUCAUCCAAACCGGCGCCCAAAGCCAGAAUAAAACCCUGCUUUCACUCAGGCCAGCUAAGCUCUCUGUUGGAGGCUCUGAGAAGAGGGAUAGAGACAGGGGACAGGACGCUGACACUUCAGCACAUCACUAAAACUAAGAUGAUUCCUGAGGAACAGCAAAGUUUAGUAAACAGUACUCUUGAUUCAUGUGGCUCCGCUAGCUCUUUGGAUAACCUAGCCAGUCGGACGAGAAAGACAGAAGAUGUCCGACGCAACACCUACAGGAGGCUGGACAGCUUGGAGGAGACUAUCCGCGAGCUGGAGAACACUUUGAUAGAGAUCAGUGGCCAUCCAACUGCAGAGCAGAUCUACACUGAGAUAGCCAUCAAAAGUGGUCCUGCACAGAUGACCCGUAGUCCAGCCUUAGAGACCAAGAAGCCUCCUGUGCCACCCAAGCCGUCGUCUUUGAGCCCAGCAUCGAUCCAGGGAGGAAAUAUUUCCAGUGUCGGUAAGGUUCUCCACUCUUCAGCUGCCUCCAAGCUGAAGCACCUGCAGCAGAACAGCACAGACAAGACUAAAAGUGGCAAAAGAGACGACUUCCUGAAGCUACAGGGCCAGCAGCAGCAGUGAGCAACCUGCCCGAAGCCGGCCUCUUCAGUUUCCUUCUUACCAUGUUCACCUGACUACUGAGCUACACACACUCAUCCCCCCCCUUUGCUUAAUCAGCUACCUUCGUAUCUCCAGUGUUUUCUCUAAAAUCUACACUGAACCCCAAUCUGUGUGCGUUUGAGGAUGCGUGCGAGUGCGUGUGUUUGUGUGUGCAAGCAUGCGUGCACGGGCAUGUUUGACUGUAUUGGUAAGGGAAGGUGCUGCAGGGGACAGUGCCCAGCCAAUUUACCAAUUUAAACAACUUUAAUUUUUCAUGAUUUCCCCUUUGACCCCUGAAAACCUCAUCUCU